AUGUCAUCAGAAAAUAAUACUGGUGCUCAACUUAGAGUUGGUACUGAAAGUGCUCAAGUCAAUGCGGCAGAGUUCCAGGUUCACAAUGAAGAUAUGCUCGAUUUCCUGAACACUGCUACUUUUGAUCAACUGGUGGACUUGUUCCAGUUUCAUGAUAAUGAUGAUGAUGAAGUGCAAGCUUUCACCUCAGAGUCAUCAGUUAUGGGAAUAACGGGGUAG